CAGAGAAGCUGAGGAGGAGGAGCAGCAGCGGGCGGGGGCGCGGGCACGAGCAGACACAGGCGCGCCGCUGCCGCUGCCGCCGCCGUCGCCGCCCUCGGCUUCCCCCGCUGGAAACGUUGGUGAUCAAGCGAGCUGUGCUGCCUCCAGCUCUGCGCCGCCCGCCGCCCCUCCCGUAGUCCCGCGGCUUUCGAGGGAGCGCUGCGGAGACUCGGGGCCGCCGGGGAAACCUGUGACCCCGCGCAGGAGCGGCGGGGCGGGGGACCGGGAGAAGAUGGCGACGCCGGGAAGCGAACCCCAAGCUUUCGCGCCCGCCCUCUCGGUAACCGCCCUGCACCCGCAUAUCCACCAGCACCACCAGCACCACGGAAGCACGGGCAGCGCGGGCUUCAACCUGCCCUUGAACCGUGGUUUGGAGCGCGCGCUAGAGGAGGCAGCCAAUUCUGGGGGCUUGAACCUGAGCGCCAGGAAGCUGAAGGAAUUUCCCAGGACUGCAGCCCCGGGACAUGACCUCUCGGACACGGUUCAGGCAGAUCUAUCUAAAAACAGACUGGUGGAAGUGCCAAUGGAGCUGUGCCAUUUCGUAUCACUGGAAAUUCUUAACCUGUAUCACAACUGUAUCAGAGUCAUUCCCGAGGCCAUUGUUAAUUUGCAGAUGUUGACCCACCUGAACUUGAGUCGAAAUCAGCUGUCUGCCCUGCCCGCCUGCCUGUGUGGUCUGCCUCUCAAAGUCUUAAUCGCAAGCAACAACAAGCUUGGAUCCCUGCCUGAAGAGAUAGGUCAGCUCAAACAGUUAAUGGAGUUGGAUGUCAGCUGCAAUGAGAUCACAGCCUUGCCCCAGCAGAUAGGCCAGCUGAAGUCUCUCCGGGAACUGAAUGUCCGAAGAAAUUACCUUAAGGUUUUACCACCAGAGCUAGUAGAUCUCCCCUUGGUAAAGUUUGACUUUUCCUGCAACAAAGUGCUGGUGAUCCCCGUCUGCUUUCGGGAGAUGAAGCAACUGCAAGUGCUCCUCCUUGAGAACAACCCCCUGCAGUCCCCGCCAGCUCAGAUUUGCACGAAAGGAAAAGUGCACAUAUUUAAGUACCUGAGCAUACAGGCAUGCCAGAUAAAGACAGCCGACUCCCUCUACCUGCACUCCAUAGAGAGGCCCCAUUCACACCAGCACGUGGAAGACAGUAAGAAGGACUCUGACUCGGGGGUUGGAAGUGAUAAUGGAGAUAAGCGGUUAUCUGCCACUGAGCCCUCUGAUGAGGACACGGUUAGCCUCAACGUGCCCAUGUCGAACAUCGCAGAGGAAGACCAGACCACCAAGGAGGAUGCGUGCCAUCGACUCGCCCCCGCUGAAGGAGACUUUCAGCCGACACCUUCCCUUUUGGGUGACAGUGGCAGCUCAGGACAAGAAAGAGAGCAGUUUGCUGGCCGUGCAGAUGUUCUACACUGCGAACUUAUGAACUAUAUUAAGGACCAGGCAGAAGACUGUGAAGAGCUAUUACGGAUAGAAGAGGAUGCUCACUGGCAGACGGAAGAACUACUAAAUUCAUCCAAAGACCAGGAUUUGGAUAUAGUGAUGAUCGAGCAGCUGAGAGAGGCAGAAGAUUUGCUGCAGGGUCCCAACGGUCUAACCACGGACAUUACAGAGAGAAGUAUUUUGAAUCUGUACCCCAUGUGCUCAGCAGAAGCCUUAGAAUUCCCUGAUUCUUCACUCAAUGGUCAGUUGCAGCUCGAGAGGUCUCCAGAGCGUGAGGUGCAAAAUGAUGUAACGUUACAGAGUAAUGGAAGCCAGUGUUCUCCAAAUGAGAUAAGAGAGGACUCCCCUUCAGGGUCUCCCACUGCAAACAUCACAGCUCCAUUUGGCCUGAAGCCUCGUUCAGACCCAGCCCUCAUUCUCCCUCCUGUCUCCUUCAACAAACUUACGCAGGCACAAACAUGGGACAGCUCUAGCUACAGCGUUCCAUCUGAAGGGGACAGUGACAAUGUGUUUCUAAGACCUCAGAGAAACUUGGAAUCUAUAGACCCGCAGUUUACGAUUCGGAGGAAGAUGGAGCAGAUGAGAGAGGAGAAGGAGCUGGUGGAGCAGCUCCGUGAGAGCAUCGAGAUGAGGUUGAAGGUGACCCUGCAUGAAGACCUGGGGGCAGCACUCAUGGAUGGCGUAGUGCUCUGCCACCUGGCCAACCACGUCCGACCGAGAUCUGUCGCCAGCAUCCACGUCCCCUCACCUGCCGUUCCCAAACUCAGCAUGGCCAAGUGCCGGAGGAAUGUGGAAAACUUCCUGGAAGCGUGCAGAAAACUUGGCGUUCCCGAGGCCGACCUGUGCUCUCCGUAUGACAUCCUGCUGUUGGAUUUUCGUCACAUUCGAAAGACUGUUGACACUCUGCUGGCACUCGGGGAGAAACCCCCACAAUCAACUUCUGCCCUCCGCUCCAGGGACCUUAUAGGCUUCUGUCUUAUCCAUGUUCUCCUUACAGUACUGGUCCUUAUCGCUUACCGCUGGAAUGCUCUGUCCGCGUAACUCCCGCAUGUGCUCUGCUCUCAUCCUGGUCCAUCCCAGCUCCUCCCUCCAUUGGAGCCUUUGCCUUGCAAACUCCCAUUGCUGUUAUCUCUUCAUUUAGCUGUCGGGUUUUGAAAGUGAACAUUUAUAAACCAGAUUUUUCCUGAAGCACAAACUUUGUAGAAUACAGUUCCCACUGGGUAAUUUCUUGCAUUUAACCGAAAAGCAACAGCGACAGCAAAGCCUGUCCAGUCCGUACCUCUCAUACUCCUUCAUGCACAUGGUGUGGGCAGCAGUGCUGCUAUAGGCCCUGCGCUCUCCCAUGAGCCUCUGCUCUGUGCAGGAGGGAAGGAGAGCCAGGACAGGAACGGGGUGGGUUUAACAUGGGAGUCUUGAUAUUUGAUUCUGGUCCUAAUUCAGGAAUGGCAAUUGAACUGUGGAGGGAUUGCCUUGCAGAGAAAAGAAGCCAGCAUUUGGGCCCAGUAUCAUGUAUAAAAAUCUCUGAGGAUACCAUUGUUGACCACGCUGAGAAGUCUUAUCUGGGGAAUGACUGCUUUGCUGGCUGGUUAGCUGGAGUCCUCCCUGUUUGCUGCAAGGGGGUUGUGAAGGGCACCCAGGAGGAUUGCUGAAAAUGUCCACCGGAGCAUGCCCUCCGUGCCCUCUGCAGACAUAUGCAGGGGAAGUGCCUUCCUGUUAGAGCUCCACCUGGUGGAUCUGCCUAGCCUGCUUUUCCUUUUUGUUUGGUCUGUUCUGAAGCUGAGCAAAAGGUUUUAUAGAAGGGAUUUCUAUUUUUGCAUAAUGCGAUGGGUCAUUUUACUUUCUCGAUAUAUUGCAUAACUGCAGAUCCAGAGUGUGAUGGAUUUGACUAUUCAGUUUCAAAUAAAUGUAUGGGUCUUGGAACAUUCUUGGCACCAGGGGCCUUGGUUACGCUAGCAGCAGCCAAUAGGAUUGCUCUUAUAUUAGACGAAUGUUUUCUCCCCGUUUUUCUUUGAAUGUCCAUUUGGACUUUCAUUCCCAGUGUUAUUAAUGAUCCAGCUGUUUAUUUUUAAGUCCGAUUUUAAAGGCUUGCAUACCAGCCUCUCAGCUUUUGGAGCAAAGUGAUGAGCUUGUGAUUAAAGCAAAAAAAGUUAGACUGUAACGUAGGUACAGAUCUUGUCGCUGCAAACUCCCGCCACAUCGUGUGCUUGCUUUUGUGUCCUUGCCAAGCACUGCUUCUUGGGUUGGGAAGAUGAUGGAGUUCAUGCCUUCAAGAUAAACGUCUAGUUUGCUGAGAUAGGAACGUUCCUCAGAUAUGGCUGCUAAGAAGAUUAUCAUAUUUUUUGAACAUAUUCAUGAGAACAGGGGAGAUGGGAUUCUGAAAAUCCUUUAUACCUGUAGGGUUGGGUUAUAUUUAUAAAGAUUCCUUGCUGCUAAAUCAGAUAUGAUUUAAAAAAAAAAACAAAAAACCGGAAAACAUUCUUUAUGUCAUAAGAUGUUAGCUUGUCUGAGCCUUUUGCUCAGCGUUGUGUUGACUGGUGAAUACAGGGUACGUGCUGUGAGUUGUGUCUGAAUAGCCGCAGAUUGAUAAAUCACCUUUGGUGCUAUCUUGUACUUUUCUGUAACAAUAAAAUCCCAUUGUACAGUGUCUGGUGAACACCCGAGCCAUAAAUUACUUAAUAAACACAAUUUGGGUGAUUAAUCCAAGCUUUUUUUUUUUUUUCUUGGCCCGUUGGUGCAUUUAUUUCUGUGCGCCCAGAGUGGCUCUUGACAUCUCUACCCAGCUCUGCCCUGCAUGGGAACUUUUCCUUCCGUGGUCGCCACAGUUUCUUUGUUUGUUUGUUUAUUGUUUGUUUGUUUCCAUCUUCUUUAUGGUGGGGGGAAAAAGGGAAUUGAGAAAAUGUACCUGGUUGCUGGCUCAAGGAAAAAACAGCAUCAAUAAACACCAAGUGAGUAAAGCCAUCCUAUGAGAUUAGAUUGAUCGUCAACGUUAACUUUCCGUGUAUUUCUCCCCUGCCUGUGCUUUUUCAUCUUUCCUGCCCUUAAUUUACACCCUAAUGUGCUGCUGUCCCUGGGGGUUGCUGCGUGACAUUUUUUCAUUAUGUAGUAUGGUCACAUACAGAGCAUAAUUACCUCAGCCCUUCGGGCACAGCUUCCAGUGGGUCGCUUUGCUUUAUCAUACGCAAGCCAUUAAUUCUGUUUGGGACACUGGGCCUCUCUGUGGUGCUUCUCCACAGGUCCAGACACCAGCUCACGAGCUCAUGGGAUAGCCGCCAUUGCAGCGCAGCUGGGGACACCUGACUGACUAAUAUUCCUUCAGGGGUUGAGCCUUGUGAUUUGUCCUGCAUACCAAGUCCCAAGUCCCCAUCUUCUCAUCGGAAAGACUGUUUUUCAGUAUUUCCUUCUAAUACGUGAUAAAGAGAAGCAACUGUUGACAUUUCCGCUUGCAGAGGCUGCUUGUGAGCUACCUUUCUUCCACUCCUGCGAUUGGUAGAAAAUGGUCCAUUUAGUGUGAGGAUUUCUGAAGCUUAUACGAUAGUCAAUUUUUUCUUUUUUUUUUCGGAGCUGGGGACCGAACUCAGGGCCUUGUACUUCCUAGGCAAGCGCUCUACCACUGAGCUAAAUCCCCAACCCCUCGAUAGUCAAUUUUAAUGGCUCCUUCUGAAUUUUAGGUCCAUACCACUUCUUUAUCCUUACACUAACAAAAAAGGGGCCAGUUUAAAAAUCCCUGUUAAAUCCCAAAGCGGGACAGCUGCGGAGGGGUUUUAGAGGUUAAGUAAAUUCACUUGAUAUCACAAUGCAGUUUUUUGUAAAAAUUGUUUAGUUACUGAAUUAUCUCCAGAAUUCACACUGACCCCAGUCUUCUGAGUUAAAAUUUUGGGAGCCUGAGAGCAGCAAAGUGUUUAUAGCUUAGGUAAAAACGUUUGGGUGCUGAGAAGUGCUCCAGGGCCUUGAUGUAUUUUCUACCUCUAAUCUGUAUCUCCAUCUCCUGAAAACUAUUUUAAUAUAAUCUUCUUUCAUGGGGUUUGGUUUUAAAGGCUAGGUUUGAGACUUCGAAACUACCUUUCAACAGGCAGCCCUUUGGGCAGUUGGCCUGUGCAUUUGACUUUCCUUCCUGCCCUUGGCCUUUCUGGCGGUGUUGAUCAUCCUUGGUCCGUUCAGUUAUCCCUCGUGUGUUGACCGUGUGCUGUGUGCUUGCCCUGUGGGAGGUUCUGCAGAUAAAAUAGUGCUCAAGAUCCAGGCCCCUGUCCAUACCAGGUUUCAGCAUUCAGGGGCAGGACCAAGGACAGAUAUUUUAUGAUUUUUAGGGUGAUAGAAUCUGUUGAAACUUGUCACUAAAGCACAAAUGGCACCAUACAGGAUAUAUGAGCCAGUGAGCGGUUCUGUAUGCCAAUAAAACGUUAUUCACAAAAAAAAAAAAAAAAACAAAAAAAACCAGCAGGAAUUGGAUUGGGUUGCAGGUCCUAGUUUGUAGACCCCUGAUCAAAUGGCUUCUUAGAAAGCAAAAAGGGAUUCCAUGAGAAGGGCCUGAGAUGGGUCAAUUACAGAAUUCCGUGAAACAAUAGAAAGAGGGCAUGCUUUCCUGAGGGGCCAGGCAGAUGCCCGAAGCAGUAAUGUCUACACUAAUACACCAAGAUGAGAAAGAUGUGUAAGCUGGGUGUGAGUGGCAAGGCAGUGGGAGGAAGGGUGUGUGUGCUAGUGGUCUAGACAGGGAAGGAAGGGGCUGGAGAUUAGCCUCGCUGACUGCAACAUAAAGAAUAGAGGGAGAGGUAGCAGGAGAUUGACCCUGGGGGCAGAACUAGACCUUUUCAUUCUUUUCUUUUUUUUCGGAGCUGGGGACCAAACCCAGGGCCUUGCGCUUCCUAGGCAAGCGCUCUACCACUGAGCCAAAUCCCCAACCCCGACCUUUUCAUUCUUAUGCACAAAAAUAGCACACAGCUAAGCUCCAUGUGUCCACAGUCACAGAACGUUUCCUUUAAAUCCUAAGCUGAACUAAGGGAAAUGAGCUGGUGUGGAGGGCUUUGUUGUAGACCAGUGGCUGGCCUAGAAAUAGGGAUGGCUCAAUAUAAUCAUCAUAAAAGGUUUCAAGGAGAGGGGAGCCCAUGUGGCAAGCAGUCUGGCCAUAUCCCCCAUGUUUAGCAUUAUUUUUCUAUGUCCAGCCUUCCUUUCCUGACCCUGAGCUGUGGCUCAGAAGAGUGUCGAUGGAGAGCUUAAUGGAUUACCUACCACCACUGGGGAAGCAACAGAAAGCACCCGCUCUGGAAAGCAUUGAGUGUUAUUGAUAAGCAGGAUAGCAAUCAUGAUUUCAACAUUUAAAAAAAAAAUAACAAGGGGCUGGGGAUUUAGCUCAGUGGUAGAGCGCUUACCUAGGAAGCGCAAGGCCCUGGGUUCGGUCCCCAGCUCCAAAAAAAAAGAACCAAAAAAAAAAAAAAAAUAACAGCACAGGAUGCUCAUGGAUAUACCACGUGUCCUGUCACAUUUUCAACAAGCCCUCUGAUAUCCUGGGACAGCUUUCGUUCAUGUAAAGUCAGUAACUACCUUUACGGGGGUCUCCUGAGGUGGCGCCUGACCUGCUUGGCUCUUGGAAGCCCUUGCUCUUCUGUACCACUGUUUGUGGCCCCAAAGUAAACCCACAACUCCAGUCCCAUUCUAACUUCUGAGCCCACUUUGGGGAGAUGAAGGGACAGAACUGUUGUGAUGGCCCAUAAGUCGGUGACCCCCUGCUCCUCAUCUCCGCAGGAUCUUUGUGUUUGUCCUUCCAAACAGCACCCAGAGUUGUAGAUCCAUUCAAGUCCUAUUGCGGAAUGCCUGUGGCUGUUAGAUCUCUCUAGGGUUUCUGGCCUUUUAGACUAGUUCUCUUAGAUGACUCCAAGCCUUCAGCAUGAUCUGAGGCCAUCUCUGUGUGUGCAGAAAGAGAAAGGAAGGGUUUGAGGGGUAUGUUUCUAUUUGUGUGUAUAGGUGACCCCUGACUUAAUGAUAUUCAUUGAGGAUUUUCCAUGCUUACAAUGGUACCCUUCUGAAAAACCAUUUCCUUUUUCUCUUUCUGUGUAGGACUCAAUAAGCUGCAUGAGCUAUUGAGCACUGGAUAGAAUACAUAUUUUAUAUAAAUAUAGAAUAAGAUUUGUAUUAGCUGUGGGCUAAUGUCAGUGUCCUGAGUGUGGUAGAUGCCCGGCUAAGCUAUGACGUAACUAAUUUAGGCUGAGAAUCAAAUGCCUUGCCAUUGCCUUAGGCAAAGCUAUUGUGAAACCUACCUAGCAGCUGAGAGAGCGAGCGUCCUGUAGCUUCUGCAGGCUUCAAACUCCUGUAGCUUCUGCAGGCUUCAGACUCCGGAUCCUCUGGACCCCCAGCUCCUGUGUUCCUGAUCACAGACACGCUCUGCCACCUUUGUUCCCAUAGUGAUCGCUCAGAAUUUUGGUUGAGCUUGUAUCGCACACACAGUUUUGUAACUUGAUGCAAAUACACUUUUUUGCAGACAUUUUUGUUUUUCUUUUCAUUAGGUUUUCUCCCCCCCCCCCUCUUCACAUGGAAACCAAAUCUUUAGGUUUACAAUGUUUUGAUCAUCUCUUGGUUUGUGCUUCAUAAAUAUUUCUUUACGGGCCUGGAGAGGUGGCUCAGUGGGUGAGACUGCUCCCGCAGACAUGGGUCAGAUUAUAUCCUCCUGUGGUUCCUGGGAAUCCAACAUCUGGCAUCCGUGCACAUGUAUACACAUGUAGUACAUAUAAACCCAUACACACACACACACACACACACACACACACACACACACACACACACACAGACACUAAGUAAAUAAAUCUUUAAGUAUUUAUUGGUUUAGGAAAUUCCUCCAAACCCAUUUGAUAAAAUAUUAAAUACUCUUUUUUUUUUCUUUUUUUCUUUUUUUUUUUUUUUUGGAGCUGGGGAUGGAACCCAGGGCCUUGCGGUUGCUAGGCAAGUGCUCUACCACUGAGCUAAAUCCCCAACCUUAAAUACUCUUUUUACUCAAAGGCAUUUAGAGGUUUUUUUUUUAACUUUUAAUUAAUUUUAGCAUAUGAUACAAAAUAUUGACUGACUCUCUCUUCUAAAUUAAUAACCAUUACCAGAAGCUUAGCUGUAUUAAGUGUUUAUAAUUUCCUUCUGGGUCAGAGGUGAGGUUGGGUGCAGGGUCAAUUAAAAGCAUAGGGAGGACAUGCCCCUGCCCCUUUAAGCAGCUCUGGUAGAGGAACAACAGAGCCAAGAGAUGCCUUGACCAGUGCAGAUGGUGGCAGAGAAGGAUGGCUACUGUCAUCCUGUUACAGAUGCCCCUCACCAUGCCCCCUGAGUCACCAUCCCUCCCAGCCUGCUCAUGACUCUCUCAACUUCGGUCAUACACAGCCUCUACCCUUUCUACUUUGAUAUUUGACCAUUAGACGGACCAGCAGUGUGAACGUAGAUGCUUACCUAACACAUGACAGAGCAGAACAUCUUGUUUGAGUCUUAUGUUGCCCUUUUUGACCCUUUCCUAAGGCCUGGGAUCCAAACCUCUCUUAUUCAGUAAAGGUGAGAAAGGGGGUGGGAGGAGAUAGAGAGUGAAGAUAGAGACACCCUGUGACCCUUUUGAGAACAUGGAACAAGUUUCUGGAGAUAGCAGGGCAUGCCUUUGAAGGUUUUUUUGUCUCACAGUGCCUAUGUCUAUGGAGAUUUGUAGAAGGUCUGAUUCUUCAAGUUACAUGGAAGGAAGCAAUCUUGUUCCCAGGUCUUGAUGCUGAUAAACACACUCUACCGCCAGUGCCCACCCCAGAUCCCAUUUCAACUCUGGUAGGCAAGAUGCUGCUUGGCCUUCCUAAAGAAACUCCCUUGUUAGGGACAACAUGCAGGGACCCAGAGGACAUUGUUAAGUUAAACAAGCCAGGUACAGGAAAACAAAUACCAAAAUGAUCUCACUUAUAGGGUGACUGAAAGAAAGAAGAGAGGGGAAGGAAGGGGAGAAUGCGGUGGGGGAUGGGAGAGAGGGAAGGAAGGAAGAAACCAAUUUCAUAAAAAUUACCAGAUUUUGGAUUACAUAUUCAAGAGACAUGGGGAAAGAAUACAAAAAUGUUCUCUCUCUCUCUCUCUCUCUCUCUCUCGCUCUCGCUCUCGCUCUCGCUCUCGCUCUCUCCCCCUUCUCUCUCUCUCUCUCUCUCUCUCUCUCUCUCUCUCUCUCUCUCUCUCUCUCUAUCUCUCUCACACACACACACACACACACACACACACACACACACACACACACACCAAAAAGACCAACCCUUGGGCCUUCACUGAUGUAAGGAGGAGUGCCCCCUGAAUGGAAACAGAUGAGGGCCAAGUGACAAUUGUGGAAAUGCCUUUUCAUAUUAUUUUGUAGCUACCAUGAACAUAAGAAAGCAGUGCACCCUGUAUGUCUUUGCCCAUUUUAUAAAAACCUUAAAAGAGAGGUCAUUGGGAGCCGCGUUAAGAUACCUUACAUAGAGGCUGGGGAGAUGGCUCAGUACUUAAGAGCGUGCACCCCUGUAGCAGAGGAUCCAAAUUCAGUUCCCCUUACACGUCAGGCCUGUGCCUCCACAACUGCCCGUUACCCCAGCUCCUCUUCUGGCCUCGAGGACAACCAUACUCAAAUGCCCGUACUCCCACGCAGACUCACAGGCACGCACAGAUUCAAAAUUGAAACACAAAACAAACCAGAAAACUGGGGAGCUAGAGAGAUAGCUCAGUGGUUAGGAGCACUUAACUGCCCUUGCAGAAAAAGUGGGUUUGGUUUCUGGCCUUAACAUGGUGACUCACAACUGUGUGUCUGUAAUUCCCGUUUGGGGGAAUUCACUGCCUCUUCAGACCUGCAGGCACCGUGCAUAUGAUGCCCAUACAUUCAUGCAGCCAAAACACUCAUGCACGUAAAAUAGCAAGUGCUUUUCAAAGAGUAUAACCUUUAAAAAAAAAAAGGAUUUCUUAUGUAUAGGACCGUACCUAAGCCACG